CUUCUCCAGCUCAAUCUGCUUCUCGAUCAUCACUUGCGGGCUUUCGGAGCGACGGAUUUUGCAAAUUAUGAUCUCUUAGAUGAAACCGACAGCGAGUGAUCCGGACAACUCCAACGAGCAAAUCUUUAUUUCAAAGGGCAAGCGUUGAUCUCAGUAGGUAAAAUCAUUAUGUCCACAUUUGUCCGUCAAAGCCGGCGCCCUUCUAUGAUGCAGAACGCGGAUGCGCUCCUCGGGGUCUGAAGUGAGUAAACUUACGACAGAUGGCUUAGACUAGCCAAUUUCCGCUAGAGCUAGCUUCGAAGUAUAUAAUUCCGCACUCAAUGUUCUGGACAACAUUUCCCAACCUUCUUAGUACCAUUUCAGACUCAUCUGACAAUGGCACCCGUCGCAGUCACCCCCACUACCAUCACCGAAUUCGUUACCACUCUCAAGAAAUCUGUUGUCUCUCCACAACCCAAUACUCUUCACGACGUCAUCGCUCAAGCUGUCAACCAGUAUCCCUUACACGAGCUUGGUUUCAUAACCUCCUCGGCACAUGACUCCUCCAUACAGACGAAGACUUUCAGCGCGUUCAACCAAAAUGUUCGCAACCUUGCACGUGCCAUGCUCGAGUGGGGCGAGCCCACAGGCUCAGUCAUCGUCGUGUACCUGACCGAGCACGAAGACAACAUGUCUGCUGUCUGGGCGUGUCUACUGGCUGGCUAUGUUCCAUGUUUGCAGCCCACACUGAGUGCCCAACAGGCGCACAAGGAGGGCCAUGUGGCCCAUAUGAAAAACUUGUUCGGGUCAGCUACUUGGCUCACCAACGAGUUUGGCGCUGAACAGAUCAACUCCAUUUCUGGUCUGGAGGUCCACCUUCUCUCCGAAUUAAAAUAUUCCGCGGAGAGAUUUACCGUGCCAGCUGACUGGGUCGCAUAUGAGGCUAAGGCGGACGACGAGGCCAUCCUAUUCCUGACCUCAGGGUCAACUGGAUUCUCGAAGGCGGUUGUGCACACGCAUCGUACUAUCCUUGCUGCAUGUCGUGCCAAGGGGCAAAGCUACGGCCUGACUUCUGGAUCUCAAGUCUUGAACUGGGUCGGAUUUGAUCACGUCGCGGGAUCCUUGGAAAUGCACAUCACACCUCUGCUAUAUGGUGCUUCGCAACUCCACGUGCAUGCAUCUGCUAUUCUUUCUGAUCCCCUUCGGCUGCUCCGUCUGAUCGACGAAAAGUCCACCGAACUGACCUUCGCGCCCAACUUCUUGCUCUCGAAGCUCACUCGUGAUUUGGAGAAGCGCACGGACUUGUAUGGGUGCUUCGACCUGUCCUCCAUCAAGCGCAUCAAUAGUGGAGGUGAAGCUGUUGUUUCCAAGACCGCGAAAGCCUUUGCUACUACACUGAAGAAGCUCAGCAAGAACCCCUCUGCGGUGUCGUUCGUCAUCUCCGCUGGAUUCGGAAUGACAGAAACUUGCGCCGGAUGCAUAUAUGACCCGGUCGAUGUCCUAGCAACCGAGCCUGCUCGCGAGUUCCUUGAUCUCGGACGUCCUAUAAAUGAUUGUGAGAUGCGCAUCGUUGACCCUGCAGAUGGUUCCACCCUCCUCCCUGACGGCGAGAGCGGCGAGCUUCAGGUUCGCGGACCUAUGGUCUUCGUACGCUACUACAACAACGUUGAGGCUACGUCCUCUAGCUUUGUCAAUGGUGGCUGGCACCGCACUGGUGAUGUGGGCAUCAUCGAGAAUGGCGUCAUGCGUCUCAGCGGUCGUAUCAAGGAUACAGUCAUCGUCCACGGUGUCUCAUAUGGUACCCCUGAGCUCGAAACUCACCUCCAAACCGUUGAAGGGGUCACACACUCGUUCCUCGCCGCGGUUCCCUACCGCGCUCCUGGCCAGGAGACCGAAGGGUUCAUCAUUUUCUACUCGCCAACUUUCGACCUCGCCGGAGUAGAUGCCUCAACGAAGCUCUUUGCCACUCACCGCGCUCUGAGUGAUAUCUCUGUGAAGAUGAUCACCCUGCCUCCUCAAAUAAUCAUUCCCAUCCCUAUCAACCAGAUGGAGAAGACCACUCUCGGCAAACUAUCUCGGGCGCGUCUCAUUAACCUCUUCAAGCAAGGAGGGCUUGCGGAGCACAUUGCCCGCGCUGAGGAGCUUAUCAACGAGGCACGCGGCGCCUCCUUCGUCACCCCCUCUACCGAGACAGAGAAGGUGAUUGCCAAGAUAUAUGCAGCCAUCUUCAACCUUCCGGAAAGCGAGGUCUCAGCGAGCGACAACUUCUUCGAACUCGGCGGGACUUCUAUUGAUGUUAUCAGGCUCAAGCGCGAAGGAGAGGCUCACUUUGACCUGCCCGAAAUUCCAACCAUCCAAAUCCUCAAGCACCCUGUCGUCUCGAGCCUGGCCAACUACGUCAACGCGUUGCUCUCCAAGGACAGCCAGACUGAGGAGUACGACCCCAUCGUUCCCCUUCAGUUGACCGGAAGCAAGACGCCGAUCUUCUUCGUGCACCCCGGUGUCGGAGAGGUUCUCAUUUUUGUCAACCUCGCCAAGUACUUCCAGAAUGAGCGUCCGUUCUACGCUCUCCGUGCUCGUGGCUUCGAGCCCGGCCACCCCUUCUUCACAUCCAUGGACGAGAUGGUUUCCUGCUAUGCCGCCGCAGUCAAGAGGACGCAGGAGACGGGACCAUACGCCAUCGCCGGCUACAGUUACGGUGGUGUGGUCGCGUUUGAAGUCGCCAAGCGGCUCGAGGCCAUGGGCGACGAAGUCAAGUUCGUUGGUCUAAUCAACAUUCCUCCUCAUAUCGCCGACCGCAUGCACGAGAUUGACUGGACGGGCGGCAUGCUCAACUUGUCGUACUUCCUCGGUCUCGUGUCGAAGCAUGACGCGAACAAUCUGACUCCUGCUCUGAGACCGAUGACGAGGAAGGAGCAGCUUGACGUGGUGUGGAAGCUGUCGCCUCCUGAACGUCUCGUCGAGCUCCAGCUGACGCCCGAGAAGCUUGACCACUGGGUGGACAUCGCCGGGUCUCUGAUUGAUUGCGGAAAGGACUACAACCCAUCGGGUUCAGUUUCCGUAGUCGAUGUAUUCUAUGCUAUUCCACUUCGCGGUAGCAAGGCAGACUGGCUCAACAACCAACUGAAACCAUGGUCUGGCUUCAGCCGUGGCGAGCCAUCGUAUACUGAUGUGCCUGGGCAACACUACACGCUCAUGGACCUCGACCACGUCCCGCAGUUCCAGAAGAUCUUCCGCAGUUGUCUCGAGGCUCGUGGACUAUAACAGUCCGGAGGGAAAUAUUGGUCUUGGGGUCGACGACUAGCAGAUAUCUAUUCAACUAUACCCGGAGUGCACGUCUUUUACUUAAUACUUAAUUGUGUCGCGAUGCAUAUACUUACAUUAAUAUUGUUGUCUUAUAACGAAAGUACAUAUUAUAGUGUUUUUGCCAAGUUU